AUGAAGGGCUUCCAAUUCACUUCGGGAUUUCUGGCUACGGCCGUGGUUGUGGCUGUCGUUCAAGCACAAUGUCCGGACUACGCGGAUUACUCGAAGCAGCGACACGAGCCGUUCAGUACGGGCAAAUAUCAGCUCUCUUACAUGCGACCUGCACCGGCAUGUCGGACGUUCAACUCUUCGAUCGUGGAGGAUACGAUCACGAGUAUGAAGUCUGUGAUCAAGGAUCCCGAUUUGUAUCGAUUGUUUGAGAAUUCGUUCCCAAAUUCGUUGGAUACGGCCGUUAAGUGGAAGGGUUUUGCGGCGAAUAAUUCGAAGGAGGAGUUGACGUUUCUGAUCACGGGAGAUAUUAAUGCAAUGUGGUUGCGAGACUCGGCCAAUCAGAUGCAGAGCUAUUUGUCUCUGCUCAAAGCAAACUCAAGUUAUGAUUCCCUUGCAAGCUUGUACAGAGGAGUCAUAAACUUGCAAGCUCGAUACAUCAACGAAGCACCACACUGCAACUCCUUCCAGCCUCCCGUCGAAUCUGGCCUUGGACCUUCCCGGAAUUGGGGCAGUCAGACACCAGAUGUUUUUACACCUCCUGCCUCGACCCAGACCGUUUUCGAGUGUAAAUACGAGUUGGAUUCUCUCGCGGCGUUCCUCGAGAUUUCGACCGAUUACUACGAAGCUACCAACGACAUUGAGUUCUUUAAGAACUUCCAAUGGGUCGCUGCAGUUAAUACAAUCAUUUCCACCACGGAAGCUCUUCUCAUCGGAACUUACGCCUCGAAUGGCUCAGUCAAUGCGAGCCCAUACACGUGGUUGCGAGACACGACGAGUGCAACGGAAACUGUUUCUAAUUCUGGUCGCGGAAAUCCAGUUCAAGAUGGAACUGGUUUGGUCCGGUCGGCGUUCCGUCCAAGUGAUGAUUCCACGAUCUUUCAGCUCUUCAUCCCCGCCAAUAUGAUGUACUCGCGCUACCUAGAUUCAGCAUCCAAGAUUAUGGCCAACAUCGGAAACCAGAGAAAUCUCGCAAACCACAUGCACAAUUUCGCAGGCAGAAUCAGAGAAGCUAUUACCAAGUACGGUAUCGUCAAUGAUCCAAAGUAUGGGCAGGUUUAUGCGUUUGAAGUUGAUGGAUACGGCUCAGCAAAUCGCAUGGAUGACGCCAAUAUUCCCAGCUUGCUCUCAGCGCCUUUCAUCGGCUACCUCAACGUCAGCGACCCUGUCUACCAAAAUACCAGAAAAUACGUUCUCAGCAAAGACAACCCCUAUUUCAUGCGUGGCCCCGUCAUCAAUGCCAUCGGCGGUCCCCACGCCGGCUUCGGCCAAGCCUGGCCCAUGGCAAGCAUCAUCCGGAUCUUCACGACCGGCGACUCCCAUGAGAUCGAGAGUACGCUGAAGGAGAUUGUCAGUAGCACGGACGGACUGGGCCUGAUCCACGAGUCGAUCAACUCGUUCAAUCAGAGCCAGUGGACGAGACAGUGGUUCUCGUGGGCGAAUGGCUUGUUUGGUCAGUGCUUGUUGGAUUUGAAGGAGAGGAAGCCGAGUGCGCUGAAGGCAAGCUAUCAGCCAGCGGUUGGGGGGCGUUGCUUGUCGUCGAGAGGGGGGAAGUGA